CAGGUGGAUGGAGCAUAAGACGCCCUCCGUGAGUUUAUAAAUUUGUGUUUUUUAUUCAGGUCAUCCUCGUAGCACCGCGCCGACACUCGUCAACGAGCCCUGCUCCCAAUGUUUACUUCUCCGGCAUGUCUUCUUCAGUCAGGGGAAAGUAAUGCUUCGCUUUAGUGAAGCUAAUUUAACAGCCAGUAGACUGAAAAGCCACCAUGUUUGUACGACAUAUAUUCAAACUGCUGCACGGAUAAUGCCCCAGCUAGCAGCAGUUUGAACAGUUGGACAGCUUCCUUCUCUCGGACAGCGAGCUGUUGUCGACAAUUGCAGAUCCUCUCCGGCUCCAUGAUGGCGAUGUUUCGGAGCUUUGUCUCGGCGAGCACCCAGCUCCGCCAGCAGCAGCAGCAGCAGCAGCAGCCCAGCAGCGGCUCAGGCUCGCCGGCAGCCCCGGCUGAGGGCAUCGAGAGCCAGUUCUCUUGUCCCAUCUGCCUGGAGGUCUACCAUAAACCCGUCAGCAUCGCCAGCUGUUCUCACACGUUCUGUGGGGAGUGUCUGCAGCCGUGUCUCCAGGUGACCUCGCCCCUCUGCCCUCUCUGUCGCGUGCCCUUCGACCCCAAGAAAGUGGAGCGCUCCUCCAGCGUGGAGAAGCAGCUGGCCUCAUACAAAGCACCCUGCAGGGGCUGUAGCAAGAAGGUGGCUCUGGUAAAGAUGAGGUCCCACAUCUCUUCCUGUUCUAAAGUACAGGAGCAGAUAGCCAACUGUCCCAAGUUCGUCCCUGUGGUGCCCACCUCCCAGCCUAUACCAAGCAAUAUUCCAAACCGGUCAACAUUUGUGUGUCCCUUCUGUGGGGCCAGAAACCUGGACCAGCAGGAACUGGUCAAGCACUGUAUGGACAACCACCGUAAUGACCCUAAUAAAGUGGUGUGUCCGGUGUGUUCAGCCAUGCCGUGGGGAGACCCCAGCUAUAAGAGCUCCAACUUUCUCCAGCAUCUCCUCCACAGACACAAGUUCUCUUAUGACACCUUUGUUGACUACAGCAUUGAUGAGGAGGCAGCACUGCAGGCAGCUCUGGCACUGUCACUGGCUGAAAACUGACAAGUCAUUUCACCACCACCGUCCUCUCGCCACCGUUAGCACCGACUCCACCCCAACCACUGUCGCCCUGGUCCCCGCUGCACUGCUGCUGUUCCUCCCUGGUUCACACAGCGUCAUCCAGCCCGACAGACACACCUGACCCCAGGACAGGUUCACACAGUGUCUGCACAGAUCCACAUCGCCGCAGAGAAGCCCAGCCGGCUUCGGAUUAGGUGACAACCUCACUUCCUUUUCACUCCGAGGGUGUUUUUACUCUGGUGCAGCAGCGCAGCCAGUUUGCUACGUUUGGAUGCAUCUUCACUGCUUCAUUCAGGUUUGAUGAUUUGAAGCAUCCUGUGGGUUUGGAAUGGAUCCAGUGACCGAAUCAAGAUGAGCUGUGUUAAGUCAGUUUGGACCCAAACAGAACCCAUCACCCACUGACAAUCUCCCACCUGGAAACCCUCCAUCCAGUCCCCAGCUUCUGUUCACUGGACACCUGGAAUCUGGGCCAUCACAGCAUGAAGGGCUACCUCCAUGGAAAUGAGUCUGAAACAUCCUGAUGCCUUGCUGACUCUAAAAACCCAGACCAGUGGUUCAGGUGUCUGACCGAUAGUCACUUGCUAGGAAUUCCUGAAUGCUGCUGCUCACUGUGAGUAACCUGGUUGAUGCUCAGUGUGAGAAAUAGUAGGGGGUAGCACAGUUUCCAGUCUCUGGACUGUUUAAAGAGUUCACAUACAGUAGCCAGUAGCUCCAGAGCGCCAGAGCUGGUAUGUGUUGCUCUGCUCUUACCACACAAAAAACAGUCACAGUAGUUAUAAAGCAGCUGUGUCUCUGUCCCUCAGCUCUCUCACUCUUUCCCUCUCCAAAAUAAUCUACAUUUAGCUACUGCAUAAAAAAAAUAACCAUCUGAAGACCAAGGAAAUUAGAAAACGCAUCAGCAUGAUAAUUCCAUUUAGGGCAGACUUAAGCCAAGUUUAUACUUUCUGCAUUCACAUGACAGGAAGUAUAUUCCCUCCUCCGCCCAUUUCCACCUCCGCCAAUAAACAUUUGUGCUCAGUUGGCAGUUUAUUAGGAACUCCUUGCUAAAGAUAAUGCAGUCUAAUACGAUAGUCCUGACCCUCGCGAAGGUUCUAAUAAUCAGUUUGUGUUUCAGGGAGGCAUUGGUGCAGCUGCGUAAUCAUUUUGGAGGCUGGGGUUUGUGUUGCUGUGCAGAAACACCUGUCUGUGCAACACAAAGCAGAACCAGCAGCACCACAAGCUCCAUUAGACUGCAUUAGUUCAUGUAGUAUUCAUGGCGUUCAUAAUAAACUGCCAGUUGAGUGUACAUCUGAGUAUGCAGACACCCAGAGCAGUAUAAACAGAAGUGUAUCCACUGUUUGCACUGUAUCACGGCCUUUCAGCCUCUUGCUGGUGCUGUCUGCAGCCCUCACCCCGAUCACAAACACACACACACACACAGUUAAACCCCUGGUUUCCUUGGCUCAGUGCCCUCUCAGUGCUUUGCCCGAAGGCUAACUCACAGAUGCAGAGUACAAAGCUGAAAAUCAGUGCAGAGUUGUGGAAACUCUGGUGACUUUGCGCAGCAACAGCAGUGUGACUGGUCAGCGUCUACGUCAAACUCGGCAAUAUAAAUGCUCCUCCAAAGGGAGCAACAUUUCAGAAUAAUCAGGUUUUCUAUGCUCAUCCAUUACUGUGGUCGAAGGUUGACUUCAGCAUUCAACGCACUUCAGUCUCUUUUUCAGUGGACUGCAGCCACUGGCGUCCAGAGCUGAAAGUACUGUACGUAAGGGUCCUUUAACUGGAUCCCAGAACAGCUGGAUUCAUUGGUAAAGUGACCCCAAGAGCCAAGUAAGGAAGUGUUGAAGUUAGCAGAGCUGUUGGAGACAGGCAGCCAGCUGACAUGCGGACCUGCGGGGACUGAUCGGAGCUCAGUUCUGUUUCCUGUCAUGUUGAACUAGUUUCCAUGACUUUUCCAUGAUAAUUUGGUAUUUUAGUCACCAUCCUGACACGGCGACACCAAAAGGAAGCUUCACAGGCCGACAUCUGCUACAAGUCCUGGAAGCUGAGCCGUAGCCCAUCCAUUACUGCCCAUCCCAGCUUCACCGAGGACAACAAGAGAGACAUAACCCUGAGAGACGACUCGAGACUCGAGAGCUGGACACGUCACGCUGCACCAACAAAGGAAGGAUCAUGUCCCUAACAGCUCAGAAUGCCAGUAACACCUUCAUGAACUCCACAGUACGUUAACGUUUACAAUAACAGGCAUUAGCAGCCCAUUCACUGUCGACCCCCCCCCCCCCCCCCCCCGCCAAAACAUAAAGUCAGACAGUUCCUGUUUUUUAUUGGUGUGAAUAUUUGCACUUGUUAAAGUUUUUUUCUACCAGAUCGAUCUGUAGAUAUUAGCCGGGGAAAAAAAAAAUCAGAAAGGAUGGAAGUGCUAGAUCGAGGUCUAACCUCCAUUUUACCGUUACCUGCUGCUUCAACUCUUACUACAAGGAAUAUUUUUAUGAUGCAUCUGCCAAGAUAGAUGAGUAUAAAAAAAAAAAAAAGAUAUAUUUUUGGAAAAUGUUUCCGUUUCAAACCACCGGACUAAUAUCAGACAGGGGUCAGACAUGUGUCUGCGACCUUUUGGGGAAACUGAAGCUGAUUUACAAACUUGAAUUGCUGUUAAACACAUACACAUACACACACACAAGGAACCUGUACAGGACUAUAGAGAGUGAGGCCGGGUGAACAGAGGUGUUUUCAGUAGUGUAACCAGUAGAUGGCAGUCCUUCUCCAGACAUGCAGAGCAUGCAGAGCCAUAUUGAAGCUAACACACACAAGGAAAUCCCCUUUUUCUAUGGAGGCAGGUUGUGUUCGGGUAAUGUUUCCACAGAGGGAUGCAUUUAUCAUUUGCACUUUAAUUCAUUUAGACUUUUAAUAAUAGCUGGAAUUCUUUUUGUAUAAUCCUAACUCUUCUUUAAUGUUUUUGCAGUUAAAUUUCAUUGCAGAAUGAGUGUUUAGUUUAAAAAAAAAAAAAAAGGUUGACAAAGAUCUUGUAAAUUGUAAAAGGCGUCAGGGGUUAGUUUGUUUGAUAGAAAAUAUAUCAUUAGUUUUAUUUGUAUGACAAAAAAAAAAAUCAGAUAUUCGUUGGCUGAGUGCUUAAUUUAAAUGGGCAGCAUGUGCCAUUUUUCUUUUUCUUCCAAUACUGUUUUUUUGUGCUCAGAAUAAGUAGAAAUGACUGGGGAUGCUCUUUAUGCAACAGUAGACCUGACAUGCACCCACAGUAAAAACAUCCCACGCUCAUGUCAGUGUGAGGUGAAGGCGGGAAAGACUCCCAUCUUUAUGACUCGUGAGCAUUCAUGCCAGCUGAUGAUUGAAGACGGCGUCUGUGGGUUAGAAAUUUCUUUUCCAUUUCCAUUUUUUAAAAUUAGGUCCAGUUACUUCAGCUGACGACAGGGGUCUGUCUGCUUGGUUUACUGGCACAAACAUAUUUUAACUGCCAUAGAUGAACAUGCCACAUCUGAAACUGGUGAUUGUGGUGCCACCAAUAUGACAUGGACUCAGCAUUCUCUCAGAAUUCAGUCCGAAUGCAAAGAUUACAGGACAGUUGAUUCGUCUUCAGACUGAACAUGAAGCUGAUUUUUCUUUGAAUGAUUGGUGAUAAUUGGACUGUUGGGAGAGCUUCUUAUUUCCAAACAGAUGAUAAAGAACUGUGUGAUGUCUGAUGGUGUUAUUUCCCACCACACUCCUCUCAGUUUCUCACAUCUUUGACUUAAAAAAGUGCUGCACCACCUUUUUAAAAAUAACUUCAGGUUCAGUCUGAACACGCCUUUUAGAUGCUGACAAACCCAAAAAAAAAAAAAAAAAAAAGUCAAAAUCACAGUUAAAUUCCAUCUAUGAUUUUAGGAUUCUGUUUUUUUUUCUAAAUCUGACCUUUCCUCUUCAAAAUUCAAUUGAAGUUCAGAAGAACUGAUAUCGUAUAUUUUUAGAAUAUGCACAGUGAAAAUAUUCAAAGUAUUUCCUCUUCCAUAAACUGCUCAAAAUAUAAAAAUGGAAAUCUUUCACAUGAAUGAAAGCUGUUUUUAAUGUCUGAGUCGGUUUCAACCCCUUUGCCUCACACAAAGUUAUUUCUCCUGAUCAUUGUUUUUUUUUAUAUUCACCUUAUAAUAGCAAUCUUUUCUAAAUGUUUGUUACCUACUGCUCUUUCACAGCACUCUUACCUCUGUAGCAGGAUUCUUAGACUCUUAUUUUGUUACACUUUGUGUCGUCCAUGUUUAUUAGCGUCUGUCUGAACCCUUCUGUUUCCCCAUGAAAUGUAAAUAAUCUGUUUUUUGUGCUGUUGCAUUGAAUAUUUUAUGAAACCGUUCCUGCUGAUGUUUAAAGGCAGCUGUACAGGUUACAGUAGCUCAGCAGUCAUGUACACUUAGAGAAACCGAAGGACGAGAGCAGUGUGUGUCAGACUGUGGAGGCUUUGUACAUGGACACGUGUUAAAAUUUUCCUAACCGUGUGUAAUGCAAACAUGGAGGGGCAUGAAAACUGUCUGACAUGUGACGGUUAAAGGAAAGGUUCAGAUUGUUGUCUCAAAACAAUAUUCACAUGCCACAUGUGGCUGCUGUAAUCUCUAGUAGCGACUGCAGCUACAUGGCAGACAUGCAUUUUAAGUUCAGUUGAAGCUGACAGAGGCUCUGACAGUCUGAGUUAGCCAAAUCAAGAGCGUAUCUUUGUUCUGGUGUGUGUUCAAGGUCUGUGGACUCUGUCACAGCCCUUUCCUGCUACGUGGCUAGCAUGGAGAGGAGGCUCACAGUGACUACAGUGACCACAAACUAGUUCAGUAUAAAUAUGACAUGUGACUGUUGUUCAGGAAAAAUACGAACCUUUCCUUUAAACAUUGCUAACUCGCAGACAGGCUCAUUUAGCUCCAACAUGCUAACACUACCUUCUGCUAGAACAACAGAUGCUGUGUUCAGCCUGCUAAUUACAUUAUUAAUUAAUUAUAUUAAUAGUAGAACUGUAGCCUGCUUGAACCAUGACACCAGCUGGCUAACAGGGUGUCAGGGACUGAAUCCACAUCCCUGAUGAAGCUCGGCAGUUUAAGCAUCUCUCUGACAGUCAUAUCUCACCCUACCAGCUGCUUUAAAGGGGCACUCCACAGUUUUUUUACACAUAAAGGUCAGUUUACUGUAAACAGCUCUGGCUCUGGAGGAGCUUUCAGAAAAUAUUCUCCUGGGUCAAGCUGAAUUAUGGGAAGUGAAGGUAUACACAGGUAUACUCUCAAGAGUCCCUUCAUGGAAGUGUGCCAUUAAACCAGUGGAGUGCCCCUGUAAAACACACCGUAACAUGACUGGAAAGCAGUUAGAUGUGAUGGGAAAGGAGCAACUCCAAAACACUGGAGCAAAAACAUUUUCAUGUUAAUUACUCAAGUUUCUGGGCAAAAAAAUAAAUAAAAUCAGGCAUCACCUUUCCAAAAAUAUAUUCACAAAAGCAAUUUAAAGUCCAUUCAGAUUCAAAUCUUGAGACUGAACCGAUUCUGCUUCUCACUCUCAAGUGAACUUUACUGUUUGCUGUUCAUGUGGAAAGAGACGAUAGAAGGCAAAUGUUUUAAGACAGACAAGUAAAUCCAAAGUCUGCCUUCAGUGUGAUUUAAUAUGCAUUCUUUCUAAACGUAGUAAUAAUACCAAUAAGAAGUGCUUGCAGUGACACUGCUGCUGGAGAUGAUGAUGAUGAUGUCUGGGUUUUCCAGCUGCUGCACUGCUUGGGGUUUUAUCAAAACACUAUUAGGAUUUUUUUGUAGCAUUUUUUUCCCCCCUAAAAUAAAAUGGAAAAAACGCA